AUGAAUUCGAGACAGCGCGAGUUGUAUGACAAAGUCAAGAAUGCGAAGAAGCAUCUCGAUCUGGCUGAGAGGCAGAUUGGCGAUGCUGAAGCGCAAGCCAUUGCUGAGGCACUCAAAGUGAACACGACGGUGACGGAGCUCAGUCUCUACCAGAAUCGGAUUGGCGCUACUGGAGCGCGGGCGAUUGCUGAGGCACUCCAAAUGAACAAGGCAGUGACUACGCUCGACCUGCGAGAGAAUCAGAUUGGCGCUGCCGGAGCGCAGGCGAUUGCUGAAGCACUCAAGGUGAACACGACACUGGCUGUGCUCAGUUUGUAUCAGAAUCAGAUUGGCGAUGCUGGAGCGCAGGCCAUUGCUGAGGCACUCAGAGAGAACAAGACGGUGACUCGGCUCGGUCUGUACCAGAAUCAGACUGGCGAUGCUGGAGCGCUGGCAAUUGCUGAGGCACUCAAAGUGAACACGACGCUGGGGUUGCUCGAUCUACGAUUCAAUUGCAUUGGCAAAGCUGGUCUUCAAGCGAUUGGUGAAGCGCGUCAAGUCAACCGAACUCUGACUACACUUUUAAUCGAUCGGCAGGUGCAUCCUCGUUUGUUCUCCUUACUUCCACGACGAUUAGCAACUGCUGAAGAUCUUCAGAACGUGUUUCACUUACUGGCCAGCGGACAGGAGCUGAAAGAUCAACCCAUAUCUCUUCCAGCACUACCAGCCGAGCUUGCCGAGCUCAUUAUGGACAAAGCGCACUACUGGCAAGGCGUGCAGCACACCAAGCGAUCGCAUUUUUAUGAUUCCCCCGAGCGUAUUCUGAAAGUCACACUACCUCAAAGGAUUGAUGGAGGUUCGGUUCGUGUGAAAGCAAUUCAAGUGUUUCGUGACAUGGGAAACCGUUUCGACAGCAACGGCAGCAGCCGCUUUGAUUUGAUUGUCCUAGAUGAGCAACGCGCUGUUCAAUAUGAAUGCUCGGUGAAACCGACCCUCGUCGAUUCGAGCCUCGAGCUUGUGACAAUCCUGCCAGCGAGUCAUCCUGUCAUCCGACAAAUGCGCGCGGGUUGGCAGGUUCAAGUUCGAGCCAGCAAGUCUUCUCGAGAUGUAGUGUUUGAAUCGCUUCGUGUUGGAUAUGUUUAACGACAGUCAUGGGAAUGCUCUGCUACACUCCAACCCAUAUCUGUCAGCUCAGUGCCCAAUAUGCAGGCAAUCUGCCUAUUCGUCCCUCUCGUGUAACGUGCUCGUUAAACACCAAGUUUAGUC